UUCUUGAUAAAAGGAGGAUGACAAACGUGUUUAUGGCUCAUUCGAAAUUCAGAAGCGGUCGUGUACGUACACAACCAUAACGGAUAUUGUUGGAUACCUGGCUACCGAACACAGGCAAUCGGAAUAUACCGAAUUUGGAUACAAUACUCGAUCUUAUUAAUUUAACUUUGGAUAACCGCACCAAUCAGAUACUACUUUAUACAAAAAAUGGUCAUGGAGAUGUCAAAGACAUAUCAAUACCGCAAGGUUAUGAAGCCACUACUUGAACGAAAACGUCGCGCCCGUAUCAACAAAUGUCUGGAUGAUCUCAAGGAUUUAAUGGUUGAGUGCCUUACCGAAGAGGGUGAACAUGUAACAAGGCUUGAAAAGGCUGAUAUCUUGGAACUUACAGUUGAACACAUGCGUAAACUUAAACAACGCGGUGCGCUGACACUAACAAAAUCACAAACCAGCUAUCAUCAAUUGGAAUCGUUUCGAUCGGGUUAUGUGCAUGCGGCAGAACAGAUCUCUCAAGUAUUAGCCGCAACACCGGGAAUGAAUUUGGAUGUGGGGUCGAAAGUGAUGAGAUUUUUGGCUGAUCAAUUGAUACAAUUGCAGACUUUACAACGUGAUCCAUUUCACUUGCCACUGAUAAUGACAGAAACGGUGCCAAAUAUUGGUAGAGAUGAAGAAAUGGAUGUGAUGGUUGAUGUUAUUAAAGUUGAAUCACCAUCAUCAUCAUCAUCAUCAUCGGAAGGUGCAGAUGUUUGGAGGCCUUGGUGACGGAUGGUAGACUCAGAUUUAAUCCUGUAAAAUUAUAAGAAAAAGACUGGCGCAUUUUGUGUGUGAGUUAACUUAUUUACAAAAACAGUUUCGAAACACAAUGGAUUAAUUGUCUUCCAGUUUUUAAUAAUGCUUAAAAUGAAUCACCAACUUGAAUUUUUUUUUUUUUUUGUUUUGUUGUUCUCUAAAACACUGUGAUAUAUAAAAAUGUACAAUAGAUUUUAAGACAGUAAUGUUAAGCAAAACCGGUUGAAAGCUUUAAAAUCGAAUUAAAUAAAAAU